ACGUCCUCGUCCUUUUCGUUCGUCCUCAGUGCAGGAUAACGAAGCAGUCAUCUUUAUCACCUUCUUCGAAAAAGAGUGUCUCUUAUUCAGCGCUCAACAUUAGAACAUCAAAGCUGCUACUAUCCUGACCACAACGAGACACCAGAAGAGCAAUCUACCUUGAAGGUUAAAGUGUUUAAGGAGACAAUCAUCAUCACCGCUGCUGACUAUGGAUGUGAUCGUUCGUCGCUGUCCGUUCCUGGCUCGCGUGCCUCAGGCUUUCUUCCAGCAGACCAAAAAGACUCUGACGGUGUACGCCCAGAAAUGCCCCAUCAUGAUGGAGCUUGCCUCAAAACCUAUGGCUCCAUCAAUGGCUCGGGCCCUGUGCUCAUCCUCCUCUUCCUCUCACCAGAGGACAGAUGACACCGUGUCUGCCAGUGAAGGGCCAAAGCAAGAAGGAGUGAUGCCCACUGGCCACCCCAUGCCACCUUCAGGCCAGGCUAUGGCCUCCAAAUGCCCCUUCCUGGCUGCCGAGAUGGGCCAGAAGAACAGCAGCGUGGUGCGCCAGGUUGGCAUGGAGUUCCAAGAGGAUGUUCAGGAAGUCCGCACUGUCCAGAAAGAAAUGUCAGCUCCACAGCUGAAGAAGCCUUCUUUGGCCAGCAGCAUGAAGGGAAGUGAAGGAGAGCAGAGUAAUCUGAUGAAGACACUCCUGAAACAACAACCUAAACGGGUGUCUCACUUGCUGCAGGACAACUUGACAGGAAGCAUGUCCCGCUUCCAAUACGAUAACUUUUUCGAGAAGAAGAUCGUGGAGAAGAAGAGUGACCACACCUACCGUGUGUUCAAGACCGUGAACCGCCUGGCCAACGAGUUCCCCAUGGCAGACAACUUCACUGGCUCUUUAGAGGAAAAGAGGGAGGUGUCUGUCUGGUGCAGCAACGACUACUUGGGCAUGAGUCGACACCCACGGGUGGUGCAGUCCAUAAUGGACACUUUACGAAAGCAUGGUUCAGGGGCAGGAGGCACAAGGAAUAUCUCUGGGACCAGCAAGUUCCAUGUGGAACUGGAACAAGAACUGGCUGACCUUCAUAAUAAGGACGCUGCACUGCUCUUCACCUCCUGCUUUGUGGCAAAUGACUCCACCCUCUUCACCCUCGCUAAGAUGCUGCCUGAUUGUGAGAUCUACUCUGAUGCAGGGAACCAUGCCUCAAUGAUUCAGGGUAUCCGCAACAGUGGUGUUAAGAAAUUCGUUUUCCGCCACAAUGACGUCGCCCAUCUCCGAGAGAUGUUACAAAAGGGGGACCCAACAAAACCCAAGAUUGUGGCCUUCGAGACUGUCCACUCCAUGGAUGGCGCCGUGUGUCCGCUGGAGGAAAUGUGCGACGUUUCCCACGAGUUUGGUGCCAUCACCUUUGUAGACGAGGUCCACGCUGUGGGUCUGUAUGGCGCCAGAGGAGGUGGCAUCGGGGACAGAGAUGGUAUCAUGGACAAGAUGGAUAUCAUCUCAGGCACACUAGGCAAAGCGUUCGGCUGUGUGGGCGGCUACAUCGCAAGUACAGCUGGGCUGGUGGACACUGUGCGUAGCUACGCAGCUGGUUUCAUCUUUACCACCUCUCUGCCGCCGAUGCUCUUAGCCGGAGCCAGACAGUCCAUCCAGGUUCUUAAAGGAGAAGAGGGGCGCGCUCUGAGACGUAAACACCAGCGAAAUGUCAAGCUUCUCAGACAGAUGCUAAUGGACUCCGGGCUGCCUGUGGUGCACUGCCCAAGCCACAUCAUCCCAGUUCGGGUAUCAGACGCUGAGAAAAACACACUGGUGUGCGAUCUCAUGAUGAGUCGCCACAACAUCUAUGUGCAGGCUAUCAACUACCCAACUGUCGCCAGGGGGGAGGAGCUUCUGCGCAUUGCACCAACACCUCACCACACUCCUGAGAUGAUGAAAUACUUUGUUGAGAGGCUGGUGGACACCUGGAAGGAGGUGGGUCUGGAUCUGAAGCCCCACUCUACAGGGGAGUGCACUUUCUGCCAGCAGCCGCUGCACUUUGAAGUGAUGAGCGAGCGAGAAAAGUCAUACUUCAGUGGCCUCAGCCACCCGAUCUCAGCCUGCGCAUAACACUACUCUCUUCAACUGCAGGCUGGAGACGGAACAUACACACUCAUUACCCAUUCCUAUGUCACUGUCAUAGAAUGUAUUAAUUAUCUUUGAUAAGUCCUCCCUACACAUAUUAUUUAAAAUAUUCUAUGUUCAGAUGUUCUUUAUGCUCCAAAUAAAAAUAUAAGAUGAAAAUAAA